AUGUUGUUUGGCUUCAAUCUGGCACUUCUCGCCGGCAGAAAGAUAUACUUUCAGUCUGACCCUUCAACAAUUCCUCGCCAGCGGUGCUGCCAGUUGACCUCUUCACUCUUCCAGCUUCAUUACGCCUUCCCGCCUAUUUUGCCCAAUCCUCCUUCUAACCCCUUUCUUGCUCACCCCCACUUAUCUUCUCACUUUGCAGCUCAGCCACCGCGAAAGCGAGACAAGCGAAAUGAGUGUACUGGUGCCGUCGAAACUGUCUGUCCGUCGGUGCCUUGGCUACUCGGACAGACGAGGACGGCGGCCGGAGCCUCGGCAACACGGGGUGUCCGAUCCGAUCGUCUUCGUGUUACUGAGACUGAGAGUGUGGCUGGUGGUGGUUGUGCCGGACACGUAAGACGAGUCUAA